GGUCAGUCAGUGUGGUUCUGAUUUCCAGAUUGUCCCUCAAACAAGUUUCUAGUUGUGUGCUGUACUGCUGUUCGGAAGGGUCGAUCUGAUGCAGUCGUAUUAACUGUGUAGUGGGCGUUUUUUUAGCGAAUUUAUUUUUUACAAGUUAAUCAUGGAUGGGAAGAUUUUGCCAUUAUUUUUAUGGAUAUGCCUUCUCUUCAUAAAUACUUCUUGUGGACAGCGAAUGCCUCCACCCCCACCGCAACAACAACAACAGGCUGUCCCUGUUAAUAAAGUUAACCCUGCAGCUUCUCUGCCCCCACCUCAUAUCGCAGCACAACUGCCUCCCAUUCCUCCACCACUUCCACCACCACCAACUUUGCCGAAAAGUCCGAAGAAUGUUCCUGUACCGCAAACCCUCAUGCAACAGAGUCAACAGCAAAAUGCGUCGUUACACUUAUUAAAAGUUCAAAAAAGGAAGAACGACGAGCUGGCCAAUAUCAAGGACGAUAAUGUCCGUCGAGUCCUGAUGGAAUUAUCCACACCACACCUUCCCCAGGCGAAUAUGGUCGAUACACGGGCACGCGUUGCACAACUGAUUGGACCACUUUUUUAUAACAAUUUUGAGCAGAGGAAGGACAGGAUUAUUGGACAAAGUCGAAAUACCUCCUCCUUCCCGGAACGAUUGCUCGACGCCUUCACGGACAUUAGAGGCGAAGAGGUGAAAGCACUCGUGUUACAGAAACGACUCAACGCCCUGCACGCGUCGGAUCUUGGCUUGCUUCCCAUGGCGUUUUUAUAUGCUCUGCAGGGAACCUCGCUGAGAAAUAUUACUGGAUCUAAUUUGGCCGGAGUGAUAAAACUAAAUCUUGGUGAUACAACGCUAGCAUUUAAGGCUGCAGAGGCACUGGAUAACAGGAAGGAUGAACAAGUCGAAUUUCUCCAGUCUUUGGGAACUAAAAUCCUUCCCAAUGCGGAACGAAUGGUGAUGGAAAAAGUCUUGCAAUGGUGGGGGAGUCCUAUAGGCUGGGAAAAUCGUGAAAUCUCUCUCCUCACCACGGCUGGUGACCCACUCCUCUCAUACCUGCCUCCGUCACACCUCGAAACCCUGGAUGAAGAACAAGCGGACAGGGUCGUCAGCAUUCUCGGUGAGUCCGCCGAAAUUGGGAAGGUUUGGUGGAUGAAACCAAUGUCUGUGAAGAAGGCCUGGUUUGAGUUGGCAAAGAGGGCUCGAUUUUUUGGCGAAGUGCAAGAAUGGUCCUUCAUGAGGAUGCAAAUGCUCAGCUUUCUACUGGAGGGAGCCUCACCAGAAGACUUGGAGCAUAUCCCACCAUUGCAGGAAAUCAAGGGUUUGGUCAUUGGCAAUCAAUACACUGAACUUCAGGCCCGUGUCGUUUUUGACGCAUUCUACAAAAAGAGUCCCCUUUCUCAAGAAGAACUUCAAGAAUUCCAGUUUCACAUCCUGGAUCUUCUUCCCACUCAGUUGCAACGGUUUGACUUGGCCGAUAGUUUCUCCACUUUGGAUGAUAUGAUGGGAAUUUUGGAGAAACAAACGAACCCCUCGUACUCCACCCUCCUCCAAAUCUCGUACUACAUGUGGCCAAUUGUCAAUACGACGAGAGGAAUGGUAAUGGGUGAUCCGAAAGUGUGGCAGAAGAAAGAAUUGUCUCAAAUGGGAAAGUUCCUCUUCCUCCUCCCAAAAUCUGUCCUCUUCGCCAUGCCCUCCGAACUCGUCAGUUGGGACUCGAACAUGUUGAAUGCCAUAGUGUCAAAGCAUUUUUCUCCAUUCCAGAUCUGGUUCCUUACAUCACAAAUUUUGUCCAGUGUUGAUGAACGACUCAAAUCUGAAUAUCCUCACAUGUUGCCUCCUCCAUUCCAAAAGGGAAUUCCUACCGAGAAUCUGACCACUCUACUAUUAACGUCACAACUUGUCAACCCGGACACGCUACGAGUAUUAAUUGAAGAAUCAGAAGGCAUGUUAACGUCACAGAAAGCUGUAAUUGCUCAAAGAAUUAGGAGUAGAUUACAAGAGAGUGUCAUUCUCCGUCAGAUUACGAGUUCUUCCAAGCCGGCCGAGUUAUUCGACAUGUUCAGUCCUCGCCAGAUAUUAAAAACGAUGCCCAACAUUAUCAAAACGGUGCUUCAAAUGCCAGAAAGAGGUAGUUUUGGAGAAACUGCUCUCCAGGUCAAACUCUUCCCCCAAUCCGUUCUCUCACUGUGGAUGCGAUGGGUCCGAGAGCAAACGCAAGCAACCAAGUGGACUGCUGAAGAUCUCCUCGGUCGUUCUGCAACCGGCUCAGCACACGCUGUCCAGCUAACCAUCAUGGGACUUACUUGUCGCGAAGUAAACUUUAUCGACCCAUUAGACAUUCUCCCCGUCAUUUUGUAUUACCGACACGAAUUUUACGGGCUGAGACGUCUAAAUCCUGACCUCACUUUCGAGCUCAACCUCCGGUCGUGCUUUUUGGACAAGGUCGUCAACUACUUACGAAUCAAGAAAAGUUUGAAUGGAAAUGAGAAUCAAACUCAAAGUAGCAUUUUGAGUGAGCUGAGCCCUGGAGAAAUUGUUGGGAUUGGAGGCGAAGUACUAUCUCUUAUCCAACCAGCGUCCCUAGAACGAGUACCACCUUCAAUUAGGAUGGCAAUUCUGGAAGAAAUUGCCCAUAUCGGAACACUAGACUUGUUCCAUUUCGUCCCACUCGAACAACUCCAGUGGUAUGCGAAUACAUUGUUCAGGGAUAAUUUAUCUCAACGAUUCACAAACAAUAAGAAGCGACGACAAGCUCCAGCAGCAGCACCAGGUGAUGAUACAUCAACAGUAUCUGAACCAACCACCACCUCUACGUCAGCCCCACCAACUGACAAUCCCCCAGCGGAUGACCCAGACCCAACAGAAGAUGUAAUCCCUGUCGAUCCAAACAAUGCUGCUCAGCCUCCAACUGAUGAUGUCUCUCCAACUGCUCGGAUGGGUGGGGACGAAUCUUUCAUCCCCCAGCAAAAUAUGGCCGUUGAUACUGACACUAUCCAAAAACUUGGCAACUUUCUCUGCUACAGCGACGACAUUUUUAGUGGUGACUGGAAUCUCAAAUUCUUUAAAGACACGUUAGAAUCAAAAUCUACCCCUGGCGAUAAAACUUGCUGCAUCUCAAAGGCUAGUAGAAUGAAAUGGUUCCAAUUACUAAAAAUGGUGUAUGGAGCAGAUACCUCGAUUUGGAACGAAUUUCAACUCGCGUCCAUGGGGGACAUGUUGAUCACUGUCCCUGACGAAGAGAUGACAAAGAUUUCCCGAGAAGCACUCGCCAACGCGGUCCAUCCCAUCCUGAAGCAAUCAGGGUUCAAUCAAUUGGUCACUGUACCAGGCGAGAGGAAGAAACAGCGAUUCAUUUCUGUCUGUGUCGAAGCGUUGGGAAUGGAAGGGGCGGAAAUGAUGCACGCAUACAAGUCUAUGAUGAAGCAUGUUACGGAGGGAGCGCAAUGGUUGGUCAAUACGGUCAAGACCACAGAACAACUAAUAUCAGACAGCAUGGUGAAGUCCGGGAGAUUACCCAGAUGGGCGGAGUUCACCUUGGUAAGAAAUCCGAGACAGGUUCCUAGUUCCGGUAAAAGUUUCAUACCACCUCCACCUCCAAUGCCAAAGUCGUAUCCAGGACCCGGAAAUAAUCAAUUUGGAAAUUACGGGCAAGUCGGAAAUCAGUAUCAAGGACAAUUGGGAAUGCAAAAACAAGGACAAUUCGGAGGUCAGGGUCAACUAGAAAUUCAAAAGCAAGGACAAGUAAUGGAAAAUCAAAAUCAAUUUGCAGGCCAAGGCCAAUUGGAAAUUCAAAAGCAAGGACAACUUGGUAUUCAAAGUCAACUUGAAAUUCAAAACCAAGGACAAGUAGCGGAAAAUCAAAAUCAAUUUGCAGGCCAAGGGCAAUUGGAAAUUCAAAGCCAAUUCGGAAACCAAAAUCAAUUCGGGGGUCAAGCGCAAUUGGAAAUUCAAAAGCAAGGACAAUUAACCGGAAAUCAAGGACUUGGUGUUCAAAAUCAAUUUACAGGACAAGGGCAAUUGGAAAUUCAAAAUCAAUUCGGAAACCAAAAUCAAUUUGGGGGUCAAGCGCAAUUGGAAAUUCAAAAGCAAGUUAAAUUUGGUAUCCAAAAUCAAUUCGGGGGUCAAGAACAACUUGGAAUCAAAAGCAAUCAAAAUCAAUUUGGAAAUCAAGAAAAAUUGGGAAAUCAAUACCAAGGACAAUUCGGAAACCAAAAUCAAUUUGGGAAUCAAGAAAAAUUGGGAAACCAAUACCAAGGACAAUUCGUAAACCAAAAUCAAUUUGGGAAUCAAGAUAAAUUGGGAGAUCAAUACCAAGGACAAUUCGGAAACCAAAACCAAAGACAAUUCGGAAACCAAAAUCAGGAAAAAUUGGUAAAUCAAUACCAAGGACAAUUCCCAAAUCAAAACCAAGGACAAAUCGGAAAUCAAAAUCAAUUUCAAAAUCAAGGGCAAUUCGGAAUUCAAAACCAAGGACAAGUCGGGAAUCAAAAUCAAUUUCAAAAUCAAUUCGGAAAUCAAAAUCAAGGACAAUUCGGAAAUCAAAAUCAAUUUCAAAAUCAAGGGCAAUUCGGAAUUCAAAACCAAGGACAAGUCGGGAAUCAAAAUCAAUUUCAAAAUCAAUUCGGAAAUCAAAAUCAAGGACAAUUCGGAAAUCAGAACCAAGGACAAUUCGGAAAUCAAAACCAAGGACAAGUCGGGAAUCAAAAUCAAUUCGGAAAUCAAAAUCAAGGACAAUUCGGAAAUCAGAACCAAGGACAAUUCGGAAAUCAAAAUCAAUUCGGAAAUCAGAACCAAGGACAAUUCGGAAAUCAAAACCAAGGACAAUUCGGAAAUCAAAACCAAGGACAAUUUGGAAAUCAAAAUCAAGGACAAUUCGGCCUUCAGGGUCAAGGCCAGGGUCAGUUUAAUAACGGUCAGACUCAGUUUAAUAGCGCCCAGGGUCAAUUUAACAACGGCCAGUUUAGUCCGGAUCAGCAAUUGGACCUCACAGCUCGAAGUACAAAUGGAACUGGGACUAAAAAUGGGACUGCUGACGUCCCCAUUCAAGAACGGGCUCGAGAUGCAUCUGACACCUCAUCAUCACUGCCAACUAGCAGAUCUAACAACGGACAACAACAACAGAUAACUUGCGAUGGAAUCAAAACAGCGGGACCUGCCGCGAUAGGACUGACAUUGGAAGACUUGACCCAACUCUCCGCCAUCGACCUCUUCAACUGCAUCGAACCCAUUGGAAAAUUAGAAUGGGAUGAACAAACCAAGGCAGUAAUUCUAAACUUGUUGGUGCAAAAGCUUAACGUGAGGUUCGACAAGUUUAAGACGUUUGAACUCAUUGAGAUUGGAAACCUCGUUACCGCACUCCAUGCCAGUGAGGACAGCAAUUUCAACAAUAAUGCAUCCUCACCCUCUUCUGCAAUCGACAUUUCUCAAAUGGAUUUGAAAGUUCCGGAAAGUUUGGACAUGAUUUCGAUCCUUGGGUCAAAAAUAACUGAUCCUCAAGUGCUCAAAGUUCUGGCUGACAAAUUCAACGCAGACAACUCAUUUUUUCCUGGGAAUCCAAAGAAAAUUCGACCAGAAAAUGUUCGUAUAAUUGUCCAAUCGCUUGGAAAUAUCAUGUGUGGAUUCUCAGACAAAGUCGUAAACAGCAUAUUCGAAGUUGAUGCUCCACUCUUUAUCGACUGCAGCCCUAGACUUGGGAAAGUUGAGGGUUGUUCGCCUGAAGUCCUGUCAACGUUAGCCACACAUGCGAUAAGACCGAGUAAUUAUGGUCCCCCACGCCUUUGGACACAGGAGGAUUUGGAAACGAUAGGGGUCGUAUUUGCAGGGCUUAAGCCGGAAGCAAUUUCCACAAUCCCACCCGACUCGAUGCAAGGACUUCAGCCCCAAGCCAUGCAAGCUCUUCCUAGCUCAUCAUUACCUGCCCUCACACCUCAACAAAUAUCCAAAAUGUCGUACCAUGCAGCCAAAUCAAUUUUACCAAUUCAACAAAAUGGUCUAACCUCGGCACAACUAGAAGCGCUUCAUGGAGUGAUUGAUGCUACUGCUGAGCUGGACGCAGGAUCUGCAGAUGACACUGCGCGCCCCGAAGAAACGAGGGCACUCCCAUCUGACGUAGUUGGGAGAGCAAAGGGUGGACAAGAUGACCAUGUUAUUAAUCCUGCAAAUCCCACCACACCUCCCACGUCGGCAACAACGGAAGGUCCGACAAGCACCACUGCCCCAGAAUCAGAGGGAGAAACAGCCCCAAAGAGUGGCUCAAAUCGUAACCAUUUUAUGGAUUCUACAACUACUCAAGUUAUUGUGAUAUUAUCGACAAUCGUUAAUUUAUAUCGUCAUUUGUAGUGAUUAGUUAUUAAUAAUUCUUAUAAAACUGUUAUCAUAUUGGCCUACUAGUAGUUUCAAUUUCAUAUUUAUGCUUUAAUAAUUUUCUAUUCAUAAAGUUUAAAAUUUAGUUCUUAACAAAGAUUAGAUUUAUUUAUUGUAGUGUAAUUUCCGUGACCAAACCAAUAAAUUUAUUUCCUGGA